UCAAGUAUGGUCACUGGCUUUGAAAAUAGUACAGAGAAAAGCCAACAAAAAUGUGGGCAAUGAGUCUGUGCAUUCCUCAUAAGCAUUUUAUUAGAAAAGAAUGAGAUUACCUAUGCAAAUUAGCGGGAAGAUGUUUAGACAGAGGCGUUAUGCCCACCCGCUUGAGGUAUAAAAAGCCCUGUGCGAGACGAGACCUUCAUUCACUCUUGGGUAACUUACCCUUCACAAUCCAUCUAAAGCCUUCUCAACUGCUGCCACCAUGACUCGUUACUUCUGCUGUGGAAGCUACUUCCCAGGGUAUCCCUACUAUGGAACCAACUUCCACAGGACCUUCAGAGCCACCCCCUUGAACUGUGUUGUGCCUCUGGGCUCUCCCCUGAACUAUGGCUGUGGAUGCAAUGGCUACAGCUCCCUGGGCUACGGCUUUGGUGGUAGCAACAUCAACAACCUGGACUGCUGCUAUGGUGGCAGCUUCUACAGGCCAUGGGGCUCCGGCUCUGGCUUUGGCUACAGCACCUACUGAUGGACCAAUGGCUCCAGCGACUAUAGGACUCUCAAUCAAUUCUCUGCAACCUGAAGAACAAUGACUGUCUCUCUGACUUCCCACGUGCUUGGGUGAUAUGUCUUCCAUCUUCUUGCUGACCUCUUGCUGUGGUCCUUAUCUUUGAUGCUGUUGGACAAGUCACCCAGGACUCAAGUACUGAACUGAUACUCAUCUACAGCCAAAGGAAGCAAGAUGCAUUUUUUGUCAUACUUGAAUUUAGCAGCGAAACUGUAGUUUGCCUCCCAUGGUUGCUCUGCUCAUGUAUUAUUAACUUCUACAUCAACAUUAAUGUAUUACAAAUUGGGUGUGGGUAGGAAGGGGAUUUUCUGUUAGUAUCCUAAUAAAUCUAUUUCCUUCAGCA